AUGCCGCAGCCCGGCGUGGCGGUGCCUGCGGCCCACUUGCGGAACAUCGAGGCCCGCGUGCAGGAGGUCGCGGACCUCGUGCGCGGCGUGGAGGCACGGGUGCGGGCGGAGCUGAGCGAGGACCUCGGGGCGCGCGUGGACCUGCUGGCCCGCCGCGUGGAGGCGCUGGAAGGCGAGCUCGGCAGGCCGGGUCCCGCCACCUGCGCGGAGGCGUUGGGCACCGAGGCCCGCAGAGCGGAGAAGCUGCGCGAGUACUCGGCGUCAGCGGCGCCGUGCGGGAGCCAUCCCGACCCGACGUCGAGCACCCCCACCUGCUACAAUGUCGCACCGGCGCCAGUGAACUCGAACGGGCAGGUCCCAGGCGAGUCCCAAAUGCUGUUCGCUGUCUCGCCGGAAUAUGUUCUCGCCGAGUCCAUCUGGGACGCGUCUAUUUUUAUAGGUCUCGACGGUUUCCAUCACUUGUCUGACACGUUCACCCUCGUGUGCCUCCUGAUGAAAAACAUGAUCCUUCAGCUGGUGCUUACGUCUGUUGUCUGGGAGUUCAUGUGCAAAGACCCUGCGGCACCUGAACGACUUCAAGAUUUGCUGCAGUUCCGCCUGACCUCUGGACACCACGUGUCCUCGUCUGUCGGUGACAGCAGGACGUCUAUGAUUGCUGAGGUCUGUCGUGAGGCCAAGAACGACGCUUUGCACAUCUCCCACUCACCAAAUCGAGUUCUGGAGCAAUUUCAGCUCCUAUCUGAGGGUCUGGGAUCCCUUCGGCCUCAAAGGCGGACAGCUGCUCUGCUCCAUCGUCAUUUUCUUAUGGGUUUGCCUGAUCCUGACGGAGGUGGAUUGCACCUGCAGGUUUGUACAUGCACUCCGCUCUUUACCUCGUGGUGA